UGGAUAAUUUUUGCAGAAACCGCUCCCAAAGUGGCUGCCCCAGAAGAUGUUAAGGCUUGUAGGCAGGUUUCCCUCUAAAAAUUUCCAAACGAAAUACCGACGGAUAUGCGAACUCAAGAACUGUAACAAGAAUGUAAGGUGUUAUGCGAAAGAUAUCUGUCCUCCCCCCGCCCCCAAGAAGAGAGAAAAAUCUGGUGGCGGUUCCACCGCUAUUUACACCUUGGGGGCACUCGCUUUGGUCGGUGGUGCUACGAUUGGUUAUGCAAAAUACGACCCCGAAUUUCGGAAAAGUCUAGUCGAAUACGUUCCUUGGAGUGACGAAGUUAUUAAGUUUGUGUUCCAAGAAGAUUACAAUUUUCUUGAUGCACUUGGAAGAGCGUACGAUGGAGUAAAAAAAUCACUAUCUGAAUCACUAACUAAGGAUGCAACAACAAAGAAAUUGGAGACAGUUGCUAAGAAAGAACAAAAAGACUACAAAGCACCAAAACCAGUCAUACCAGCUUUGGAAGACACUAAAGUACCCCAAGAAGGGUACACAGAGAUCAGGCUUGAGCAGAAAGAUGAAGACAAGUGUGAAAUUGCUGGAGAAGCUAAAGUUUCGCCUGAGGACGUCCAGCUGCCUGAAACCCACCCCAAAAAUUUGGCAGAUCUUGAAGCAAAAAUCUGCGAAAAUGCAACGACUGCCGUCAAUGCGUACAACCAAGCCAUUUUCGAUUUACAGGUGUACAACCAAGAAAUCCGGUGCAUGAUUGACGAGUCGAUAGGCAAGAUCACUCACGCCCAAUGGGAAACCGUCAAAGAAAAAACUAAAACGAAAAAUGCCUCGAUCAAGCUCGCCGAGACGCAGGCGCAAGAAGCCACGGCGAACGUAACCAAACUAAGAACUUUACUCGAGAAACACGAGACAUCAGCAGCCACUACAGAAAUGGUCAACAUUAACAUAGCAAAGGUUCUAGAAGACAUCGAAACCGCGAAAGCGCAGUACUACGGCGAGAAAAAAAUGGGAAACAUAACCGAGAAGUAUUGGGAGAAAGUGCAAAAAGCUAGAUUACAUUUUUGUGAAGAACUGGAAGCUCUGUUUCCAUCAAUCGAUAUUUAUAAUAAGAAGUUAGAAGUUAAUGAGGCCGAUUUAGAUUUGUUUAUUCUACAUGCAUAUAGUGUUGUGUUAUUUUAUCAGAAAGAGUUGGCUAAGUUGGAAACGAUAGCGCAUGAAAAAUUGGAAGAUGCGAUGAGGGUGGCUAGGAAGGGCGGAGGAGAUGCCUUGAACGACGCCCAGAUUUGCGAAGCUUUGGAGCAGGAGAAGCGCAAGUUGACGUUGUGUUUCCAGAAAAAGUGCUUACAACUAAGAAAAGAAGCAGAACAUGAAUUAAGAGAACAGCUAAAACGCCAAUCCCAAGUUUUCGCAGACCACUUGGACGAAGCCGUCGCAACCCGCGCAAUGGAAAUCGAGCGUAAUUUAGCAAGAAAAUUCGAUGAACAACUAGAAAAAGAAAGCACAACUUAUAAAAUGGAGUUAGCGGCGAUGGUAGGACGACUGAGAGGGCUAGAUACGGCCCUGAAAGCGAGGGCUACGGCUGACAAAACGGCGAAACAAUCGCAAGUGCUGUGGGCGGCGUGUCAAGCGUUGUUGCGGGCUAUUAAAACGGGGUGUCCUGGAAUACCCUGGAAGGAUCAGUUGAGACCUCUGAGUCCGGAGAUCACGUUGGUGCAAAAGGCGGCAGCGAAAGGCGACGAGCUAGUCGAAGCUGUGAUAAACGGCAUUCCACCGGAGGCGAAAAAUCGGGGCGUCUUCCCUGAAGACGCUCUCCGUGAACGCUUCCUCAAAGUCGAAACGGUAGCCCGAAGAGUAGCUCUAGUGCCAGAAGACGGCGGAGCUCUGCCCCUCCAUAUCCUCUCCUUCAUUCAAUCAGUUUUCUUAAUUAAAAACCCCAGCCCUAUACCGCAGGCGGAACUGAACGACGAAGAAGUCGACUUUGGUUCGUUGACCACCAACGAAAUUCUUCAAAGAGCCAGAUAUUGGUUAGAUCGUGGGGAUUUCGCCCAAACUCUUAAGUAUAUGAACUUGUUAAAAGGUGCACCGAGGUCCAUAGCGAGGCAGUGGAUGAACGAAACGAGAAUUCUUUUAGAGACACAACAGGCUGCGAACACCUUAAUGGCACACGCCGCAUCUAGUGGUCUUUUGCAUCUCUAAAGUUGUAUAAAUGAUUAAAUUAAAUAGUAACAAUGCAGGUUUACUUAUUUAUUACAGCUGAUUGUGCUUUCGACUUAUUUUUUCAUUGUUUCUCUCUGUAUAUUUUUAAUUACGUCCUUCAGGUGUACGAUUAAAGAGAACGAUUGUUACAUUUCGUUUUAUUCGGGAAAUGCAACGUUCCGCCGAAUUUUUAAUAUACUGGACCUGCAUGUUUCAAUCA